AGGCUGGUGUAAGAAAAAACAUUUUGGGUCACGGCUCUGUCUGAUCCAUCAUCCAUAAUAGUGAUGGUGAGGUGGAUAAGAACCAGAACAGAACAGUGGAACACGACCCACUCUCAGAUAAAAAUAAAACCGUCAUUUUUAACGAACGAAUCAUCCAAAAACCCCUCGCUUCUUCUUCUUCUUCUUCUUCUUCAUUCGAUCGCAUUCGAACGGUAACGCUUCCAAUUCACACUUACUUUCUUAAUAUUCAAAUCAUCUUAGUUCAAUUCAUCACGUGCAUGAAUUUUCUGUGUAAUAAUAAUAAUAAUGGAUAAUAAUAAUAAUAAUAAUAAUAAUAAUAAUAAUAAUCCUUCUCAGACACUUGGCUCAAAUGGGUUAAUUCAGAAAAACGAAUUUAUUAGAAUCAUACUUCAGUCUUUAUAUUCAUUAGGUUAUACAAAGACUGCAUCUUCUUUAGAAUUGGAAUCUGGGGUUUCAUAUAAGUCCAAGGAGUUUCAGUUACUUGAAUCUCAUGUUUUCAAUGGAAAUUGGGAUGAUUGUGUUGUUUUUCUUAAUUCAAUUAGGGAUUUAUUAGGUGAAUCACUAGAACCUGCUUUGUUUCUUGUCUUUAGACAGUGUGUUAUGGAGUAUUUGAACCGUGGUGAGAUUACUUUAGCUUUAGAUGUGUUGAGGAAACGGGUUUCUUCCUUGCCUGUCGAUCGUUGUAAGGUUCAUAGUUUGGCUAAUGCUUUACUUUGUUUGAAUGAUGGUGAUGUUGUUUGUGAUUUACGGGGGAAGUUGUUGGUGGAUUUGGAGAAAAUUCUACCUCCGCCGGUUUCAGUACCUGAUGGUAGGUUGGAGCAUUUGGUUGAAACUACUGUUACUGCUUGGGUUGAUUCUUGUUUGUAUCAUAGUUCCGCGAAUCCAAUUUCACUUUAUGAGGAUCAUCAUUGCGGUAGAGAUCAAUUUCCUACUACAACCACUCAGAUAUUGACUGGACAUAAAAAUGAAGUUUGGUUUGUUCAGUUUUCAAACAAUGGAGAAUAUCUAGCUUCUUCUUCCAAUGAUUGUACAGCUAUCAUAUGGAAGGUGCAAGAGGAUGGGAAAUUGACAUUGAAACACACACUCUGCGGUCACCAACGUGCUGUAUCUUUUGUGGCAUGGAGUCCGGACGACACCAAGUUGCUUACUUGUGGGAACAUUGAAGUUUUGAAGCUGUGGGAUGUUGAAACAGGUACAUGCAAGCAUACAUUUGGGAAUGACGGCUUUGUUGUCAGCUCAUGUGCCUGGUUUCCCAACUCUACACAAUUUGUUUGUGGCAGUUUUGACCCUGAAAAGGGCAUCUGCAUGUGGGAUUGUGAUGGAAACGAGCUAAGAGCAUGGAGAGGAAUGAGGAUGCCGAAAGUCGUAGAUCUUACUGUUACUCCAGAUGGCGAGUAUCUUAUCAGUAUAUUCUUGGAUAAAGAAAUUCGGAUUUUACAUUUGGGUACCAAUGCAGAACGAGUGAUUUCAGAGGAGCACCCUAUCACAUCAAUUUCAGUUUCUGGAGAUGGUAAGUUCUUCAUUGUCAAUCUGAACAGCCAGGAGAUCCAUAUGUGGGACGUAUCGGGUACAUGGAAGAAACCAUCGAGGUAUACGGGUCACAAGCAGUGCAAAUAUGUGAUCAGGUCCUGUUUUGGUGGAUCAGAUAGCACAUUUAUUGCCAGUGGUAGUGAAAAUUCAGAGGUAUACAUUUGGAAUACUCGGAGUUCGAAGCCAAUAGAGGUUUUAUCUGGGCACUCCUUGACUGUAAAUUGUGUGAGUUGGAAUCCUAAAAGGCCUAAAAUGUUAGCAUCUGCAAGUGAUGAUCAUACAAUUCGUAUAUGGGGACCCAGCUUAUUGAAAAGAAUGCAACUUGAAUAGAUUAGUUGAACACAGUGCAUAUUAAGUUGUUCAGUAUGAGUUUGUAAAGUCCUGUUUUGUCCAUGCAGGAAUUUUGGCGUACACUUUUAUCUGUAAAUCAUCUAGUUGGUGCAGAAACUAGAAACUGUUUGGUUAGGGUUUAUACUUGUUCACAUUUUAUAAUUAUAUAUAUAUAUAUGGGGGCUGCUAACUUAGACCCAGUUGGGUCUAAGUUAGCAAGGUGCACCUUUUGAGUUGGACAAAAAUACCCAUUUUUU